CGUUGUUGGACAGGGAUCGUUUUGAGCGACGGACGUGUUUGUUUCUUAUGUUUGUUGUAAUGAAAACUAUUUAUAAUUUAUUUGCACGUUCGUUUCGAUAUUUUGGUUAUUAUAGCAUGACAGUUUGGGCAAUUUGCAUAAGCAUCUGUAGCCUCGAAAUGGCUAAAUACGCUGCCAUGCGUUUAUUUUAAUCUUUUACCCUGACUAGUCGAACAAAGUCCAUUUUUGAGCAAUAUGUCAAAGUGAAUGAUAUGUAUCAAGAGAACCGGUUACAUGCACAAUUCUGAUUAUCCCGAGCGGAUAUAAGCGGCUUUUUCUUUUUAAAAGGGUCUAUAAGCAGCUUAUUCUUCUUCUCUGCGAGUCUUUAUUCAGCAAAGCAGCUCAUUCAUUCAUUCAUGUUGACAUUCUGACUGUAAACAUGAGAAACAUUAAGAGAUCCUUUCUCUCCAUGUACAGUCUGCUGCAGCCCAGAUGUCACUGUGCUCCUUCAUCUUCGGCAAACAGGUUAUUCUCUGCAAGUGCUUUGAAUCCAAAGGUGUGCAUCGUGGGAGGAGGUCCUGCAGGCUUUUACACAGCACAACAUCUCCUCAAGGGGAGGAGUGACAUGGUUGUGGACAUCUAUGAGCGUCUGCCUGUCCCGUUUGGCCUGGUUCGGUUUGGGGUGGCUCCGGAUCACCCAGAGGUUAAGAACGUCAUAAACACGUUCACACAGACGGCCCAACAUGAACGCUGCUCGUUCUUUGGCAAUGUCAGCAUAGGUACGGAUGUCAGUGUGGACGAGCUAAAGAAAGCCUAUCACGCUGUUGUGCUUAGUUAUGGAGCAGAAGGAAAACGCUCAAUGGGAGUGCCUGGGGAAAACCUAGCCGGUGUGUUCUCAGCCAGAGACUUUGUGGGAUGGUAUAACGGGCUCCCCAGCAACAAAGAGCUCUGUCCUGAUCUAAGCUGUGAGACUGCUGUAGUUAUGGGACAAGGCAACGUGGCACUGGAUGUAGCCAGAAUCCUCUUGUCUCCCCCAGACCUUUUAAAGACAACAGACAUUACCCAACAGGCCCUGGAGUCUCUUAGAGCCAGUCGAGUGCGCAGGGUUCUGAUUGUGGGAAGAAGGGGGCCUCUGCAAAUUGCAUGCACCAUUAAGGAGGUGAGAGAAAUGAUGAACCUGCCUGAGACUAAAGCAGACAUGCUCCCUGCUGACUUUGAGGGCAUAGCUGAAGCUCUGAAAGAUCUUCCCAGACCUAGGAAGAGACUGACUGAGCUAAUGCUGAAGUCUUUGAAAGUGGAUGAAAGAAGUCCGAAAGCAAAUAAACAAUGGGGUUUUCGUUUUCUACUCAGUCCCGUGAAAGUGCUCCCAUGUGCUGAUGGGAAAAAAGUAGCAGGGAUUCGUUUGGCUGUGAACAAACUUGAGGGUUCAGGGGAGGAGGCUCGGGCUCUGCCCACAGGACAAACCCAAGAUCUUGAGUGUGGUCUGCUCAUCAGCAGUAUUGGAUAUAAGAGCCUACCUAUUGACUCCUCAGUGCCCUUUGACCCUCACACGUCCACAGUGCCGAACAACAUGGGCAGAGUGUCUCAUACAGCAGGGCUGUACUGCAGUGGCUGGGUAAAGCGUGGGCCAACUGGUGUGAUUGCAACAACUAUGAAUGACAGUUUUGAAACCGCACGAAUUCUCCUGAAAGAUGCGCAAUCGGGAAAGCUCGAUCUAUCCCUUAAUAAAGCUGGUGCUCAGGAGAUUACAAGCUUACUGCAUACUCGAGGCGUGAGUCCAGUGUCAUUUUCUGAGUGGGAGAAGAUCAACUCUGAGGAGAUACGGAGAGGGGAAUUUCUGGGAAAACCCAGAGAGAAAGUACUGGAUGUAAAACAGAUGUUGGAAGUAGCUUGGUCCAGAUCCUGACUGAAAAAAAUGCUUGGAUGACUGAAUCAAAUCCCACCUCUUCGCAACACUGAGAAGUUUGAAAAGUCCCCUGGGUAUACACUAUGUUCAGCUGUGAAGUAUAUUAUUUGCCCAGUGUCAGGAAGCAGAACUGCUGAGUUAUUCUUUGAACUCCUUCAACGCUGAAAAGUCAGUGAGGCAGUAAAUCCAACACUGUGUAAACAAUAACAUCAUCUAGAAAAUAUUUAAAGAUUUAACAGGCCUCCUGUUCGAAUGUCCUCUUAACCUUGAUUAAAGAGUAACUGAACACGAUCAGUGUUUGUUUUUUGCUAGGACUGGGACCGUGACAUGUCAUUUAACAUCAUGAAUUCUGUAAGUGCUUCUGUUUAUCUUACAUUUAGUUAAAUGUAAUUAACAUAAAUUUAUGGUUGAUGCGUCCGAAGGUUCUGGAACCAAGAUUAACCUCAAUCAAAGUGAGGGAAAGGCCAAAGUUUUGAGAAAGAAAAGUUAAUCAGUCAAGUAGGAUGGAUGUAGUGUCAUGUUUGCAUGGCUUCUUCUGGAACAUUAAUACUUUUUUGAGUUGAUCAUCAUAAUCAAUAAAACUUAUUGAGUUUCAGAGAGAAUUAUAUCCAAUCUAAUAAAGAUGAACUUCUUCACACAACAAGACAAACGCACACAAAAACCACAAUACUGUGGAAAAUUCCUUAAGAGCAAACUGUUAGAAAAAACAAAACUGAAAGCUGAGCUACAAGCCUGAAAAGCAUCACAAAAAUGCCAAACCAAAUCUAAUUUCUCUUCCAAAUAGUUUUGUUCACCUAAGCAUGUCUAAACAUUCACCUUCCUGCUGUUAUUGCCCCUAAUUUUCCAGAAUUCCCAGUGUGAAAUGCAGGGGCGGUUCUAGGAUUUCAUCUUUAGGGGGGUUUAGUCCUCAGUGAGAAUUUAAAACAAGAAGAGUUUUAUAUUAUACAUUAUAUGUCUACAUAGUAAGCCAAAGGUUAUGGUAUUAUUUAAAAUGGCAAAAAUGGACACCAACAUUUUAUUCACGAUGUAAUGAUGCCAGUCUCGAAUCAAAUCAGUUCAUGUAUGUGUGCAUUCUCUACAAAUAGUGUGUCCAAUGAAUACAGUCAUUAAUAAGAAAAUAUUCACAAGACAAAGACCAAAUCAAUAAAUGUUAUUUUUAUUUAGUAUUAAAUGGAUUGUUUGCAGGGGCACGGUGGCUUAGUGGUUAGCACGUUCGCCUCACACCUCCAGGGUUGGGGGUUCGAUUCCCGCCUCCACCUUGUGUGUGUGGAGUUUGCAUGUUCUCCCCGUGCCUCGGGGGUUUCCUCCGGGUUCUCCGGUUUCCUCCCCCGGUCCAAAGACAUGCAUGGUAGGUUGAUUGGCAUCUCUGGAAAAAUUGUCCCUAGUGUGUGAUUACGUGAGUGAAUGAGUGUGUGUGUGUGCCCUGCGAUGGGUUGGCACUCCGUCCAGGGUGUAUCCUGCCUUGAUGCCCGAUGACGCCUGAGAUAGGCUCAGGCUCCCCGUGACCCGAGGUAGUUCGGAUAAGCGGUAGAAGAUGAAUGAAUGAAUGGAUUGUUUGCAAUAAUAUUUUGUUUGUGCUACAACUCUGGUAAUAAGAAUAGUGAAAUUUCACUGCUUUUGGUUGCCCUCUUUGCUGCUUUCCGGCGAUUAACGUUAUAAAUAAACGCCUCCAGCUCUGACUGACUCUAUGCUUCUCCGUUCAAAUAAAGCAGACAGCUGAUACAUUUUUGAAAGACUACAACGCACGUGCAUAAAAGCAAAGUAAAAAAACUCGCUCCUGGAUCAAACUGAUAAAUAAUUUUCUUUCCCAUCGACGACACGUCCUGCAUUUUAACGUAAUUUUUAUUGUUUAUUUAUGAAAGUAAAAAUUAUACUUUUAGUUUUAGGGUGGUGGAGAUCACAGACAGGGGGGCUGGAGCCACCCUAAAAAAGGCCUAGAACCGCCCCUGGUGAAAUGUAUUACCUUUGUACUGCGAAUUGGCACAAUAGGUAUAGGAUUUUAAUGAAAACAUAUAAUAAAUUAUAUACUCAUGAUCUUACACUUUCAUUUCUUUAAUUUGAGUAUUUUGUUUUUUUGCCCAGUGCUGAAUUAACUGUGAAACCUCAGAGGAUUUCUGCAAUUAAUCCUCAAGUUGAAGCCUUAAACACCAUAUAUACACCAAUACACCUAAAUAAGCAAUAACAAAACUGAACUGCUUUUCAGUUGUUUACUUUUGAACAACAGAAUUAGCACAUUGAAGGAUCACAUUUAAUUCUGUUAAAAUCACUGCUGAAAUACAUAAUUUUUAUAGACUACACUCUAAAUCCCCACUCUGUUCUUCACUGUUCCUGCACUCUAAAAUUAGGUAUUUUACAAUUAUUUCACACUGGGGUUUUCCACUCAUCUCAUUUUACUGAGGGAUGUGAUUUCCAGGAAAUCUGCUGUGUCUUUGAUAUUUAGAUUGUCCAAAGAUGAUGUAAUUGCAUGCAUUUGCUAUCCUGGGAUGAGGUUAUAGAGGGAUUUCACAAAUCCUUGGGAUAGAAAAAAUUGACAUUUUGAACCUUAUAUCCUUGAACCUAAAUGUGGUAGCUCAAUGGUUAAGAAGUGUUGGACAACUGAUUAGAAGGUUGUCAGUAAAUCCCUUAACCCUUAAAUGCUCUGUUGUAUAAAAGAAAAAGAAAUAAAUGUAAGUUGGCUCUGUCAAAUGUUGGAAAUGUAAAUAAAUAUUUCUUAGUGUUUGAAAUCCUUAGGAUUAUGCUGGUUGUAGAAGCCAUCAUUCUGUUUUGCUUAUUCUUCUUAUACAAAAAUGUAUUAAUUGCUAUUCCUCCUAGAGCUUUCGAGCCACAUUCACCAAAAUCUGAUCUGAAGUUUGUUGCUAUUACUUUUAUAAGCGAUCUGGUACUCACGGUACCGGGUCUCGAAGAGGCCUUUUUUUGCCUUAGACACCCAUUAUAAAUUUUAGAGGCAAGCUUUUGAGCUAUCUACACCAAACUUGGCCAGCUUCUUUAGGGUGAUACUCUGGACAAAGGUGCAGACUGGCCUUUCGGUUUUCCCGCAGCCUCGCCCCUAUUAUAUAACAUCAAAAUGCUUCCCACAACAUUGACAUGUGACAUAUCAAAACACUCAGAACAGUGGAUAUUUGGAUGAUGUCACAUGACAUAACAUGCAGCCCUGCCCCAAAAUAAAAAAAAUGACCACAAAAUGGACAUGUGAUGUAUCAAAAUACUCAGCACAAUUUUGGAGGUUGGGUCACGGGUAUUUAGUUGCACAAUACUUUACAAUAGCUUAUGUAACUGCUGCUAUAAUACUUUGUUCUUUGUAUUUCCACACACGUGAUAUUGUUUGAACAGUAUUUACAUUGGUUGGUGCUUUCUGUUUAUAGUCUUUUGUGUAUUGUCUUGUAUUUUUGUUUUCACUGUCUUUUGUCCUGCACUGUCUUGUUCGUCUUUUCCUGCAUUGACUUACCAAGUCCUUAACUCUGUCUUUGUUUUUUGUAGCACCGUGACCCUGGAGAAACGUUGUCUCAUUUCACUGUGUACUGCAACAGCUAUAUAUGGUUGAAAUGACAAAAGCUUCUUGACUUGAGGUGCAGUCACACGCUCGUGUCCACUCGCCUCCAAAAGUAUAGGCACCCUAGCAUACCGGCCUUUGGGAAUACCGACAAGCCAACAUCACAACAAACUUUACAAAUCUAGUUCUUCCUGUAAUGCAACAUGCCCUGACCUGGUAUGUAAGAGUUUGUGUUUUUCCAGUGGCAGCUUUAUUUACUUAUAUUAUUUAUUUUAUUUAGAAACAAACAAAAAAAAAAAGCGCUCCAAACCAUGGCUUUUUUUUUUAUACAUAUUUAGACAAAAAUGAGAACAAUGGCUCUGUUUUAUUCCAGGUUCUGAAUCGUAAAUUCUUAAAGGAAUUAAUUAUAACAAUGUUUACUUUCUAAAUAGGUCAAGCAUGUGCAGUAGUCAUGUGAUCCAGCUACAUCUUAUAUAUUAUUCUAUUAUGUUAUACAUCUAAAUUGCUUUGAUUAAUUAUCUGUAAAUUAGCUUAGACUGUGGGUCCAGCUUAUUAUUAGUUAACCUGCCAUAUUAGUAUCAGGUAUUAAUGGUUGUUAGCUGACUAGUCUUAAUCAGACUAACUAUUGUGCUGUUACUUAAUAAAGAAUACAAUUGUUCAUUUUGAUGAAUGGACAAGUUUCAUUGUUUUGUAAGUGAAAGUGAAAGUCUUAAAAUGCAUCAGGUUUAACAGCUUCUGUUAUUUCAGUACAAUUAUUUAUUCAUUAAUUGUGGCCUAUCAUUAUAUCUCAUGGCUGGCAAACAUAUCUGCAUUGUGGAUAUAAACAAUUUUCUUGGCUGUACAUAGGUUUAUUAGACAUUUCUACAGUAACAAAAUCACAGCAUGUCUUUUUAGUAAAUGCCAUAAGUGUGUUCUUUUUUGCCUCUGUAACGGUCCAUGUAUCGUAGCGGCUGUCCGUGAGGAUAUUUCUUCUGGGGUGGGUGAUACACUGGUGGUCUGUCAUACUCGAACACUGGCUCUCGCAUAUCUGUAAGUAAAUUAAUAUUUAGCAACAACAUCCGGAACAAGACCAAACAUAAAUGUGCUGAGGGAUGUGGUCACACUGACUUAGAAACCACACAGGCAUUCACAUCAGGCACAAAGCUUCAUUAAAUCCUGCAAUUUUCAACUCCUUAUUAUAUAUUACAUUUUGUAUAAUACAGCAAUAAGCCAUGAGUGUGCAGGUGUGACACAUUAUCAUGGGAAAAUAUUUCCAGUAAAUGCAAUAUAGUCUGCUAAACUUUACAUCUUUGCUUGCUGAGUAACACAACCGACAAAGAUUAGAGUAUCAUAUGGCCAGAACAAUGGCGUGGGAGGACUGGUAUGGUUUCAAAACUUUGGGGAUUAAUAUUUUAUUCAGUUACUGCGUAUUGAGUUACAGGUGAGCACAUGGGAAUUGACCUGAAACAUGACUAGAUUGUGUAAUUCAACUUUACUUCACCAUCCUGUAACUCAUACAAAUUACCCACACGUGGUUACACCUCUUUGAUGGAUAACUGACAGUCUCAAUUGUGGUAGGUCACAAAGACCACAUGUAAAGUGAUCUCCGUUUCCAGACAUGACCUUCUGGGCAACAAGAAGAAAGGAAGGGAGAAAAAAAAAACCUAAUUCAUAAGAAGUCCAUUUAUUUAAAAAAAAAAAAAAACAGAAAAAACCCAACACUUACUGAACAACGUGUGGAAGGUACUGGUGACAGAGUUGUCCCACUGACUCUGAAAGAAAGCCAGUCCAGCAGGAGUAAUUUGGUCUUCAUAUUUUCUGUAGAAGUCCAAUGUCCUAAAACUCAGCUGCUGUAGACUGUAACUAACCACCCACACACACACCCACACACACAGUUAUCCAACUUCAUCACAGUGCAUGUACAAGAUUCUGAUGAAUUUAAAUUUGCAAUAACAGAUUCUUUUUUUUUUUUUAAAGAAUCAGACCAAAGCCCCUAUUGAAUCAAAUGUUCAAUAGUCUAUUGUCCUAGUAACACUUUUUUUUUUUUUUUUUUUU